GAAUUUUCCCGUCUCUUCUUUUUCUGUAGGAGCUCCCAGUCGGAAGAGGUAGAUAUGCCUCGGAGAAUUGAAGCUCAGACUAGGGUUAAUGUUGAAGUAGAGCUUCUAUGGAGGACUUUUGCUGAGGAAUACAGUGUGAGUUGGCCGAAAGUAAAUCCGCAGAUUGUGACGAGCGUGGAGAUAUUACAAGGAGAUGGUGGCCUUGGCUCUCUCAUCUUCCUGCAAUUCAAACCUGCAGGUGGACCGACAGUAGCAUAUCAGAAGACAAAGAUAGUGGAGUGUGACAAGGAGAAGCACCAGCUGGGUUUGCAAGUAUUGGAAGGUGGUCAUCUAAGCAACGGUUUUACCAAGUAUGAAACUUACUUCAAGCUAACACCCCUGGAUGAUUCCAACACGUUGGUGGAUGUAGCUGUAGAAUGCGAGCCUUUGAUGUCAUCAGAAGAAGAAGAAAACGAAGAAGAGCUGAAGGCCAAGACAACAAAUUUCCCACUCCUCUUCUUUGAAAGAUUGGAGGCCUAUCUAACGAAGCACGCAGCAGCGGGUUGAGUCGUGGACAAAUUUACUUCACACUUGUUUGUGCCUAUAUGCUGGGACUGGGUGUAAUAUUGUAUUAUUGGAGCCAAUAAUGGUCUUCUUCUUCUAGUCUCUCUGGAGUUUAGUUCGUGAUAAACUGUCUUGUUGCCCGCAUAAUUAUGUUUUUACUGGAUUAGUUGGGUGUAUAGCUACAUACAAUACGGUGAGCUGAAGA